UUCAGAUUUCAUGAUCAGUACCUGCCUACAACGCCUGCUGUGUCUGCCAGCAUUUGAAUCAUGCGCAUAAACUCACCUCACGACUCGCGCGCAUUGACGAUCUCGCGCAAUUGCACGCAGCGCGCGCAUAUACGUCGUGAUUAUCACGGUAAUGUCGGUAAUGUUAAGCCAUCAUGUCACAAAAAAGGAUUUAUCCCUCUGGUGCCGAAAAGAGAAAGAAGAAAAGGACAGAGGAGGAGAAAAAAGAGCAAGAAAAAGGAACACUGUUGAAGUACUUUGGAGCUAGAGCACAACCAACUCCACCUACCCCUGAUGUUUCAACAAUUGUCAGUGCCUCCACAGCUGAUGAUACAGCUGCUGGUUCAUCCACUGCAGAGUUACUGGCACCUGAAAGCGAGGAACAGUUAACAUCACUUGAAUGCGAGGAACAGUUACCAGCACUUACAUUGACUGAUACAUCGGUUUCAACCUCAGCCGGCAUGACGGGUCCUUCUACAUCUGCCCCCACUGCUAUAGAUUUCGCAUCGACUCCCUCAACAAGCUCCAGCUAUCAAGAUAGAUCACCAGCUCCUCCAAUUGACCCAGCUGAAUGGUCAGCAUUCCUGUCCGACUCAGAAAGGACUGAUCUGGUAAAAAGAGGGCCAGUGCCAAUAAGUGACACCUUCACCUUCCCCAAAAAAUCAGAUGGACGAAGCUUUCACUACCACUAUACAUACAGACAAUUAGUUAAUGGAGAAAAAAUCAAGCGAAGCUGGCUAAUUUAUUCAAAGAAAAAUGAUGCAGUUUACUGCUUCUGUUGCAAAUUAUUCUCGAGAAAGUCCACAAAACUGUCAACAGAGGGACAGCGUGAUUGGGUAAAUGUAGGUGCUUUGCUGAAACAACAUGAGAAUAGUCAAGAUCAUUGCAAUAAUAUGGUAAAGUGGAAAGACUUUGCCACCCGUCUUUCUAAGCAGAAGACUAUUGAUGCAACAGAAAUGGCCCUUUUGGAGGCAGAAAAAAAUCGUUGGAGAGAUGUUCUCAUCCGUUUGAUUAGUAUCAUUCAGUCUUUGGCAGAGAGGAAUCUUGCGCUCAGAGGGUCUGUUGAUACUUUGCACAAGGUUAACAAUGGUAACUUCCUUAAAGAGGUGGAACUGAUGGCAAAAUUUGACCCAGUGUUAAAAGACCACAUCAGACGAAUUGAUAGUGGAAUGCAGCACAACACGUACCUGGGUAAGACUAUCCAGAAUGAGCUGAUAGAGUGUGUCAGUGACAAAAUAAUGGAGGUAAUGGUGGCAGAAAUCAAGGACAGCAAAUAUUAUUCAAUUAUUUUAGACUGUACACCAGAUGUUAGUCACCAUGAACAAAUGUCUGUUGUGGUGCGCACAGUCACUCUGGGCAAAACACCAGAAAUAAAAGAGCACUUUUUAGGAUUUCUGAUAGCACCAGAAUCCACUGGCCUGGGUUUGUCCACUCAAAUCCUUAACAGGCUUGAUGAAUUGAACAUCCCUUUUCAGGAUUGUCGGGGUCAGUCCUAUGACAAUGGGGCUAAUAUGAAGGGGAAAAACAAAGGAGUGCAGGCUAGGCUAUUAGUUAAAAAUCCAAGAGCUUUUUAUGUGCCUUGCAGUGCUCAUACCCUAAAUCUGACAGUCUCAGAUGCGGCUAAAGCAUCAAAGGAUGCUUCUUGUUUUUUUGGAAAUGUGGAGAAGGUGUACAAUUUGUUCGCUGGGUCCACUCAGAGGUGGGCCAUCUUGCGGAAGUUUGUUGACCUUACCCUCAAGUCCUGGAGUGAGACGCGCUGGGAAAGCCGGAUUAAAAGCAUUGAAGCUUUGCGCUACCAGGCAGAGAAGGUGAGGGAAGCCCUACUAGAAGUUAGAAAUAAAGCGACUGACCCUGUAGUGGCUGUUGAAGACAACUCUCUUGCAGAAGAAAUAGGUUCUUUUAGAUUUCAGAUUUGUUGUGUGGUCUGGUUUGACAUUUUGUCUAAAAUUAGCAUCACUAGCAAGCUUCUACAGUCAACCAACAUGCAGCUUGAUGUUGCUGUUAACCUUGUACAAAAGAACAAAGUUGAACUCAUCAGUUACCGAAAAACAGGUUUCUCUGAUGCACAGACAUCUGCAAAAGAAAUUUGUGAGCAGAUGAACACAGAAGCAGUGCUGAAAGAGAAGCGUUUGCGUUCUACAAAAAGGCACUUUGCCUAUGAGGCUGCAGAUGAGCCGAUAGUGGAUGCUAUGAAGAGACUAGAAGUGUCCUUUUUUAAUACUGUAGUGGACUGUAGCAUUCAGUCGUUGGAGGAUAGAUUUCAGUCUCUAAGUGAGGUUAAAGAAAACUUUGGAGUGCUGCUCAAUUUUAGGGAACUAGAUCGAAAGGUCCUGAGGGAAAAAUGUGAGCUUCUCGGACAAAAACUCUCUUGUGGAGAGGAGGCUGAUAUUGAUGGUAGCGCACUAGCUGUAGAGAUUGAGAGUCUUCCUGAACUUCCCCAAACUAUGACAACUGCCUUUGAGCUUCUCACAUACCUCUCACAAAAUGAGAUGUGUGAGCUUUACCCUAAUCUUUGGGUAGCUCUCAGGAUAGCCUGCACUCUGCCUGUAACAGUUGCCUCAGCAGAGAGGAGCUUUUCCAAGCUCAAAUUGAUUAAAACAUAUCUGAGAUCAUCAAUGGCCCAGGAAAGACUAAGUGGACUUGCUGUUAUUAGUAUUAAUAACAAAGUUGGCCAAUGUAUAAAGUACAAUGAUGUCAUCAGUGACUUUGCCUCCAGAAAAGCUAGGAAGGAAAGAUUUUGAGGAGUCACACUGUAUUGAGUAAAUUAAAAGUUACUCGGUUUAAAAACAAACGUGAAAUACUGAUGCACUUUCACUAUUUAAGCAUCAAAGU